GGCUGCGCGGUCGCUAUGACGACCCGACGGGUGGGGGCAGGCAGCGUGCUGCUGGGCGUCGUGACGUGGAGUUGGCUGCGAGCGGCGCAGACGGAUCUCCUUGGGAGGCGGGUGUGCACAGCUGUCAUGGACCUGGGACCCAUGAGGAAGAGUUACCUCAAGGACCACGAGGCCUUGGAGGAGGCGCACCUGACCUCGCUGGACCCCAUCCAGCAGUUCUCUGCUUGGUUCGAAGAAGCCUCCCGGUGCCCGGAGGUGUAUGAAGCCAAUGCCAUGUGCCUGGCCAGCUGCACCAGGGAUGGAAAGCCUUCUGCCCGAAUGUUGCUGCUAAAGGGCUUUGACCAGAAUGGCUUCCGUUUCUUCACUAACUUUGAAAGCCGAAAAGGAAAAGAGCUGGAUUCUAACCCUUUUGCCUCCCUCGUCUUCUACUGGGCGCCCCUCAAUAGACAGGUGCGUGUCGAAGGGCAAGUAAAGAGGCUUCCAGAGGAGGAGGCUGAACUAUAUUUCCACUCUCGCCCUAAAAGCAGCCAAAUCGGUGCAGUCGUCAGUCGCCAGAGUUCUGUUAUUCCAGAUCGGGAGUACCUGAGGAAGAAGAACGAGGAGUUACGGGGGUUGUACCAGGAGGAGAAUGUGCCCAAGCCUAAAUAUUGGGGUGGCUAUGUCCUGUACCCAGAAGUGAUAGAGUUCUGGCAGGGUCAAACCAACCGUCUGCAUGACCGGAUUGUCUUCCGGAGGCUGCAGCCUGGAGAGCCUGCACCAGGGCCUAUGACUCACCUUGGGGCAAAUGACUGGCUAUAUGAGAGACUGUCACCAUGACUGUCUGACUGCUGGUGAUUGAACCCUCUCAGCUCACUCUGGAACCUGGAACAGAGUGGUGAGAAAUGUGGGGGAGUUCCCAUCAGGCUUUAAACCUAGCCCACUCAACCCUGCAUCGAGGGCCUUGCCAACGUUGUCACCUAAGCACUUUGUACUAAGUCAACUUUCAUUUAUCCCUGUUUUGUGUACAGGUGAUGAAAAGAGCACCCCAGAAUCCAAAAUUGGAUGAUCUAAAAAUCAUUUCCUUUUGACUUGAGUGUUUUCGGAACUACAAGAUAUACAUGUGCAUAUAUUUUGGCAACAAGUUGCCUUCCCAGUAACUGACUUCAAAUAUUUGAAUGAUUGUCACUCAUAAUGAAGGAAAAUUGCAUGUAUUCAAUGUAUCCCUAAAAGACAAACCUAGAGCCAGUGGAUAGAGGUCACAGGAAGGUGAAUGAUCUUCUGUAAGAAUCUUCUAGGGGGAAUUCCAAAAUGGAGUAAACAGUCAACUAGAUGUGCUCUAGAGACCUGUUUUUUCCCCUUCUAACCCUGACUUGAACCAAUAGUAGAGAAUUGCACAAUGAUGAAAUCAGUUUGCGUUGUCCGGCCAGAUCCUGGAGGGAGUGGGUCUAAUGGGCUGGGAAGAAUCCAGCUUGGGGUUAAACAUUCACUGUGACUCAGCCUUGUGUGAGAGAAAGUUGAUUGCCACUUGAACUCUUGUUGUUGCCCUGACUACUUUGUAAACAUGUGUAUGUGUUCCUUGAUAGCUGAACCUGCCUUGGUCUGUCUCCCCGCCUAGAUUACAAGUUAUAGAGCUGGAGUCAGCAAACUUCAGCCCACACUCACUCGAGCCUGGUGUGGUUAUUGCCCCAGGAGCUAAGAAUAGUUUAAAGUCAUAUUGUAUUUAGAAAAUGUAAAAAAUAUUCCUAGCUUCCAGGUCCUUGGGGUCAGAUUGGGAUCGCCCCUCCCCUGCUCAAAAGCCCAGAGUUUCCAUCUACCCUGUGUGGCUGUGCCCGUGUUGGGGGCAGGGGCUCCGAGUUCCUUGUUGGGGCUGGCGGCAGAGCAUAGUUGCCUAAUCUCUGAGAAGGAGACUGCUCUAGCCCUUGCUCUUCCUUUUAGGGCCUGAACUACGUCUUGUUGAGUAGAUUACUGUCUGGGCUGGGUGUGUGUGUGGGUGUGUAUCCAUCUAGCUGUGUGUUAAUGGUCUGGUUGUCAGGGCCUGUUUGAUCCCUUCUCACCCUGGCCUGGUCGCUGGAUACUGCUCUGUACCCUUCUUAUAUCCUGUUACCUCUUGUACCAGUCCUCUAAUAAAAUCUUCAGCUGUGUUGUUAAUGUUCA